AUGUCUGAAAGCAAAUGUUUUAUUCAUUUUUCUACGGUUUCUGAAAUCGAUGAAAUAUUAAUAGCGGCAACAAAAGCAUCAUUGUGUAAAAUUAUAGAAUGUAGAAAACGUUGGUCAGUUUUAGAUGGCGAGGCAAGAAGUAUAAGCGAGCAAAGUUUCGCCUUUUUGAGUGGUGACGAUGAGCAGAUCAUAGAAGGUAGCGUGGAAACACUGCCAACAAGCAGGUUUUACCAUCGUAAAUGCUAUCAGAGUUUUACGAAUAAGCGACUAAUAGAACUAGCUGAAAAACGCCUUGCGAGGAAAAAUCUAAAUGAACCAAGUCAAAGAGAAAUUGAAAAUGCAGCCGCGACGGUUGAACCACCACGAAAGUCAAAGCGUCGAGAAAAAAGCUCUGAUUCUUCAUCUAGAGGUAGAACUGUUGGAAUUUUGCCCAAACUAUGCAUCAUAUGCAAAAAGAAAGAACUUUUCUAUAACGAUAAAGUAAGCAGCUAAACGCAGAAAUUUUAAUUAUAUUAUAUUUGGACUUUUUUGGGGGGUUUUCUCGCUUUAAUACAAAUUCUUUUUUUAUUUUUUCUUAAAAAUUAAUAUGUUUUCGCAGAAUUCUAAUCAAAGUUUUCAAAAAUUUGCUUGGUUAGGUUUAGGUUUAGGAUGUAGGGACUGGACUGCCGGUAUUUAGCACUUUCUGAAACCUGACGGGCUGCCAGUCAAUAUUCACGGGGUUCUUUCUUGCAGAAAUCGGGAAAGCGAAUACUUCAAGGAUUAACACAAUGCGAAACAAUUGAUGCUGGGAAAUUGCGGGAAGCAGCAGAGAUGAAAAACGAUGAGAAUAUUCUAAUUCAUAUCAAAGAUAAGGACUGUGUUGCGAUUGAAGUGUGCUAUCAUAAGACGUGCUACAAGAACUAUACUCGUUUUCUUUCUAAGCCAGACGUUGAUCAAGCAAUGGAUUCCGUCUUUAACACAGCAUACAAAUUAUUCUGCAAGGAAAUCAUUGAUGACCGAACAUGCAAGAAUUGUGAGAUUUUCUUUCUGACGAAGUUGGUUAAUAUUUUUCGGAGCUCGAGAUCGAGAGGGUGAAGAAGGCUCGAGGUACAAGGCCGGUAACCUGAAGAAACGUCUUCAGAAGAGCCAUCCACAGCUUGUUUCCCAUGCUCCUGGGAGAAGAAACAGAAGUACGCUAGUUUUUGCUGAGAACCUUUCUGCAGGUUCACUGGCAGAGCAUUUAAUAAUGUCUGAGGAAGAGAGCUCUGAUGGUGAAGGGUGUUCAGAUGCCGAAGAGGAGAGGUACUGUGCUAGCACUUCUACGCGUUAUGUUGAAGAAAGUAACCAUGUGAAAUUGUACAGAGCAGCUUUUAUUUUAAAGAAUAUCAUCAAGGAUGUUCCUGUCUUCCAUACUCGUUGGCCUCCGACUGCAGAUGAUUUUAACAAAGAAGCAAUUAUACAAACUGUUCCAUCUGAACUGUUUAAUUUCCUCUGCUGGGUACUUGGUCUGUCGGACGAACCAUCCUCCGAAUCUUUGAGAGGUUCAGUUGGUGAGAGUUAUGAAUGUAAAAUUGAUUCAAUUGCCCAGGAUUUAGUCUAUUUGUCAACGAAAGGACAAAAACAAACUCCAAAGUCAUUGUCACUUGGAAUCUUGAUUAGGGAAUUGACGGGAUCUGCCGAAGUCAUAAAUGUCUUUAAUUAUUUGGGCCACUGCGCAUCAUAUGACACAGUAAUACGCCAUGAGACAGCUUUGGCAACCAUUCAGUCCAACAACCAAUCAUUCGUUACAAGCGAUAUGGUUAAGAAUCAGCACACAGUCUUGGUUUUUGACAAUCAAGACUACAACGAAGAAACAAAGAGUGGAAAGGGUCAAACACAUAUCGCUGCUGGUAUUGCUGUGCAAAGGUAA